AUGUCCCAGACCCUGCGCCAACCUGGCAUUUUUGGCCAGCUAUGCUGGGACACGUAUACCGUGCUGAUCUUGGGGUUCGCAGAUCAGCCCGGCACGACCCGCGAUGACAAUGUCGCAACCCUUGACAAAGCUGCCUUGAAGGUCUUUGACGCGUACCCUUCACUCGCUGGACAAGUGAUCAAGACUGGCAUCUCUGACACCAACUCUGGCAAAUACGAGAUUGUCCCCUACCCUCCUCAUCAGAACAAGUCGCCUGUGCUCUCCAAAGACUGCACUGCUCUCUGCCCUUCCUACGCAGAGAUCGCCGCUGCCGAUGCGCCCUUUGCUAUGCUGGAUGGCGAUGUACUUUGCCCUGUCAAAGGCAUGGGAUACCAGUACGAGCUUGGUGCUGAGCUUCCCGUCUUCCUUGUCCAGGCUAAUUUCGUCGAGGGCGGCGUCCUCCUGUGCUUUGCUUCUAUGCACAAUGCCCUUGAUAUGAACGGCCAAGGCACCGUUCUGAAGAUGUUCGCCGCAGCAGGUCGCGGCGAAGAGCUUGAUGCAGACCUAGUCGCUGUUGAGCAGCGUGAUGCGGACACCAUUGUGCCUCUACUCAAGGAGGGCGAGGCUCCCGCAAACCACGAUAGCAUGCGCAGGCCGUCGGCCCUUGCAGCAAAUACCGGCCCCAGCACAGAAGUCAAGAAGGCUCCCAAGCCGGCGAUCUGGACAUAUUGGCGGUUUUCGGCCCAACAGCUCGAGGGUCUCAAGAAGGAAGCCUCAAGUGGCCGCACCUGGGUGUCAACCAACGAUGCAAUCACAGCCUUCCUGGUACAACGCCUCACAGCCACCCGUAUAGCUGAGGGUCGCGUCAGCAAGAACGAGCUGGUACAGCUUCAGCGUGCGGUUGACUCGCGCUCGGUGGUGAAACCCGCCAUAGGCGAGGGUUACCUCGGUCACCUCGUGGCUCUUGCGGACAAGAGCUGGAAGACGGCGGAAGAGGUCGCCACCUCCUCCUUUGCAGACGUUGCUGUUGAUGUGCGGGAGUCACUCAAGGCUGUUGACGACCACUUUAUCCGCAGUCUCGUCACCUUGAUCAAAAACACAGAAGACAAGACGACCAUCUUCUACGGUGCGGGCAACAAGGCUGGCCGAGACUUCCUCUGCUCUUCAUGGGCGCAGCUUCACUGGUUGAACGAGUGUAGCUUUGGCAAGGGCCUCGGCUCUCCGGAUUUUGUGAGGCGAGCAAGGAUGGCGCCUGUUCCUGAUCUCACAUACAUCAUGCCGAAGAACAAGAAGGGGGACAUGUACGUUGCCACGAGCUUGUUUCAUGAGGACUUCGUGGGACUGGCCAAUGAUGAUGGGUGGAGGGCCAGAGCUAAGCUUGUUGGUUAA